UCACCGUGACACUCAUAUUUAAAGUGCACGAGCUUGUUAUAUUUGAUUCUUUACAUGUGUACCUUACGUUUUACACGAUCAAUGUAGUAUUUAUAAUACAGUACUAUCUGCUGUGUCAUUGUGAAUGACUUGCAGACGCUAAACACAGUAAUCAUAAAGCGAGAUGUCUCAAGAUGAAGCGGAUUGGGAGUUGUACUAUUGGAAAGGGAUUGGUCCUGGUAGAGGAGAAUUUGUCCGCCUUGUAUUCAUUGAGGCCAUUAGGAUGUCUCAAGAUGAAGCGGAUUGGGAGUUGUUCUACUGGAAAGGGUAUGGUCCUGGUAGAGGGGAAUUUGUCCGCCUUGUUUUUAUUGAGGCAGGAGUCCCUUUCAAGCAGAUGAAUGAUAACGAAAAGAACCGGGAACUAUUCAAGAAUAAGAAACUAACUGGAUAUCCAUGCUUUGCUGUUCCUAUGAUUAAGAAAGGUGACUUCCAGCUUUGUCAGACACCUGUUAUUUGUAAGUACUUGGGUAAGAAGUUUGGACUCUACCCAGAAACAGAGGAGGACAUAUGGCAUGCUGAACAGGUCAAUGCAACUGUGCAUGACUACAUAGCAGAGGGACGUUUAGCUUUCCAUGGCAUUGAUCACACAGCAUCAUACUUUGGUCAGGAAGAGGGUACCAAGCCAUAUAUAGAGAGAUUCAUCAAAACAAGACUGCCUUCAAUGAUGGAAACAUUUGAAGUUACACUCAAAGCAAAUGGUGGAGGAAAUGGUUUUCUAUUUGGGAGCAAGCUUACAUAUGUCGACUUAGGCCUGUUACACAUACUGAGAGCCACAGAGGCACAAUUCCCUGAGGCAUGGGCAGCUCUAGACAAACCUCUACUGAAGGCAUUCAAAAAUAGACUAGAGGCAAGGCCUAAACUUGCCGCUUGGUUUAAGUCAGAAGAAUGUGAGCCAUUUUCAGGCAACAGUAUGAUGUAAAAUAAAUGCUAGAAAUGACUCCAGUGGUGAUAAACACUAAUCACCUAAUAUGACUAAUUCUAUCAGUCAACUGCACAGCCACAUAAAAUACUCACAACCAUUUAUAUUCUACAUGGUCAAUUUAGCAAUGUGAACAGGUUUUAUAGACGCUUUGCAAAAAAAGGUCAUGAGCUCUGCUUGUAGAUGAAUUACUGAAAAUCACAUCAUGUGAUCAUAAGAUCACAUCAUAAGAUUUAGUACUACAAUUAAUAAUAAAUAUGAAUUACAUAAGUUACUAUUUUGAUAAAUAUUAAUAAAUAGUUUUCUUAUCUGAAGUCCGUAGUUUGUAUAAUUACUAAUAAAGAAUUAUCA